CUGCAGGGAUGACAUCAUGGGCUCAGGAACAGCAAGGAGCCAGUGAAGCAUCCAAGCUGCCGAAUAGCCAAGGGUUGGGGUCAAGAGCCGGUCUGCAAACAGAAUGGCAAGUGUGCAGAUGGACUGUCGUUAGGGUUUUACAACUGGCAACAAUCGGUCGGAACCUUGGGACCAAAAGAAACAGGAAAAUAAUGACCAGAUGUCAUUCAGGAUAAGCUCCAGUUCCUCGAGAUCCCACAGUAGGUUAAGCAGGAUACUGUGAGCGCCACUAAAGAUGUCUGAUAGUGUCGAUAUUGAAGAGAAGCCGCCGGCCCCUCCCUUGAGAAUGAACAGUAAUAAUCGAGACUCUUCCGCAUCCAAUCACAGCACCAAGCCUCUUCCAAUGGCACCUGAAGAGAAAAAUAAGAAAGCCAGACUCCGCUCCAUUUUCCCAGGAGGUGGUGACAAAACAAACAAGAAAAAAGAAAAAGAACGCCCUGAGAUUUCCCUUCCUUCUGAUUUUGAGCACACUAUUCACGUGGGAUUUGAUGCAGUGACAGGAGAGUUCACGGGGAUUCCAGAACAGUGGGCCAGAUUACUUCAAACAUCCAACAUAACAAAACUGGAACAGAAGAAGAACCCCCAAGCUGUGCUUGAUGUCCUCAAGUUCUACGAUUCCAAAGAGACUGUGAAUAAUCAGAAAUACAUGAGCUUUACCUCUGGAGAUAAGUCAGCUCAUGGUUAUAUAGCGUCCAAUGCUCUGGGAACAAAGACAGCAUCUGAGCCCCCCCUUGCUCCUCCAGUGUCAGAAGAAGAAGAUGAUGAUGAAGAUGAUGAUGAAGAAGAAGAAGAUGAUGAUGAUAAUGAGCCACCACCCAUUAUCGCCCCACGCCCUGAGCACACCAAAUCGAUAUACACCCGCUCCAUUGUUGAACCUGCCACCCCACCUGCAUCCGUGAAAGAGGUCACAACUUCACCAGUGUCUUCAGUGCCCCAGAACACGAGCACAAUGAGCAGUUUAUACAGGCACACUGACAGACAACGAAAAAAGUCCAAGAUGACAGAUGAAGAAAUUCUAGAGCGAUUACGAAGCAUAGUGAGCGUUGGUGACCCCAAAAAGAAAUACACACGCUUUGAAAAGAUUGGCCAAGGAGCAUCAGGAACUGUUUACACUGCAAUAGAUAUCGCCACCGGACAAGAGGUGGCUAUAAAACAGAUGAACCUCCAACAACAGCCGAAGAAAGAGCUGAUAAUUAAUGAAAUUCUUGUGAUGAGGGAAAAUAAAAACCCAAACAUCGUCAACUAUUUAGACAGCUACCUGGUUGGAGACGAGCUUUGGGUAGUUAUGGAGUACCUAGCAGGGGGCUCACUCACUGAUGUGGUAACGGAGACAUGCAUGGACGAAGGACAGAUUGCAGCAGUCUGCAGAGAGUGUCUUCAAGCCUUGGACUUUCUGCACUCCAACCAAGUGAUCCAUCGAGACAUCAAAAGUGACAACAUACUCCUCGGAAUGGAUGGAUCGGUGAAAUUAACCGACUUUGGCUUCUGUGCCCAAAUUACUCCUGAACAGAGUAAGCGCAGCACUAUGGUGGGCACACCAUAUUGGAUGGCCCCUGAAGUGGUUACCCGAAAGGCGUAUGGACCAAAGGUUGAUGUGUGGUCUUUAGGUAUCAUGGCAAUAGAAAUGAUUGAAGGAGAGCCACCUUAUCUUAAUGAAAAUCCACUCAGGGCCUUGUAUCUAAUAGCUACUAAUGGGACGCCAGAGCUGCAGAACCCAGAAAGACUAUCAGCAGUUUUUCGAGAUUUUUUAAACCGCUGUUUGGAAAUGGAUGUAGACAGAAGAGGCGCUGCUAAAGAACUAUUACAGCAUCCAUUCUUGAAGUUAGCCAAGCCCCUCUCCAGCCUGACACCUCUGAUUAUCGCUGCAAAGGAAGCCAUAAAAAAUAGCAGUCGCUAACAAGAAACAAAAUAAAAAAGAAAUUUUGACCGGACAGAAAAACACUCAGCCUUAUGGCGGAACCCUGAUGUUGUCAAUUUCAUGGGAGUGAAAGACAACUGGACAACAUAAGGAGAACACAAUCGGAGCACUGCCUUGUCCACUCUUCUGUUAAUAGGACAUCAUGUAUGGAACUUCUCACUUCCCUGAGAGUCAAUUGAGUUGGAUGAACCAAAUGGUUCCUAAAGUCUUCUCUUGAACGUUUAUUUUGUGAAAGGAAAGAGGAGAAAUCCUCGUUAUUACAGCCAUUCACUUGCCGAAACUUUUCUCCAAGAACUUGAGGUGUCCUUUGAUCUUGUGAUGUGGAUGCAGAUGAUGGCAGCCUUGGUUUACUUCCUACUCCCAAAGUUCUGUUCGUCCAGACAUUUUGCCUUUAUGGAACAUGAAUGAACUAACUUGCCUUCUUUUUCUGGUGCAUUGUAGCAGCUGCGGCCGAAUGGUGAACGUGACGCUCUUGAUGAGUGAUUGUCAUGUCUCGCGUUACAUAAUGUGGUGACUUCUGUAAAAGUUAUGUUUGCUGUCUC